UUACUAAUCUAGCUCAGAUAUAAAUUAUUUUUCUCGGUUGUUAGUGAGGCAGGCCGGAUUAGGCAGAGGUGAUUAGGAAUCAGGCUGGUUCCAUUGUUUUGUUGAUUGAUCUGUUUGUUUGGUGGAGGUUUUGGGUUCGAUAGCAGCGUUAGUUUCUCUACUUAGGCAGUGAAUUUUGUGUCAAUUUUCUCUUGUGUGUUGAAACGCCAGUCAAUAUUAAAAAAACAAAAUGUCGGAUCACGAAAGCGGUGAUGACCACCAUAAUAACCAAGCUUUGUUAGGGAGGAAUAAUGCUGCUGGUUCUGGGGAAGAAGAGUUGGCCUCGAAGACCCUGCAAAUUCAAUCUAAGAGAUUUUAUCUAGAUGUGAAGCAGAACAGAAGGGGGAGAUUUAUAAAACUGGCAGAGGUUGGAGCUGGGGGUAAGAAAAGUCGUUUACUCUUUGCCAUGUCAACAGCUGCAGAGUUUAGGGAUUUGUUGACUGAAUUUAGUGAUCACUAUGCAUCAUUAGGUCCUCCUAAUGCCAGCAAAAUCCCAGACGAUGGGAAGCUGAAAAGUGAAGUUAUGUCAAAAGAGAACAGACGCUACUACUUGGAUUUGAAGGAGAACCAGAGAGGGAGAUUCUUGAGGGUGUCGAUGACUGUUCCAUUGUCUAGACAACGAGCACAAGUAGCCAUACCAGCUCAGGGAAUGAUCGAGAUUAGGGAUUCACUAACCGAUCUGCUCAAUGAGUUUGGUACUGAUGAUCAUGAAACCCAUGAAGAGCUACCAGAGCCACAAUCAUUGAAGGCAGAGAACAAAAUAUUUUACUUUGACAUUGGCCAGAACAGGCGUGGAAAGUUUAUGCGCAUAUCUGAGGUCCGUACUAACUUCCGUACGGCCAUCACCAUUCCCGAGCGCUCGUGGGCUCGUUUCAGGGACGUGCUCUCCGAUUUUGCAGACAAGGGCGCUUCUGGAGAUUCACAGCAGCAAAAGAAGGACCAGCACCCUCCCACAGCUGGCGAUGCAGCUGCUACAGCCACUGUGUCAGCAGGGCCAGCUGUUGCAGCUGUCGGUGCCUCUGGAGAAAAAAAUUGAUGUCAUGAGAUGGUGUUCAUGGUGGGAGAGAGAGAGAGAGAGAAAAAGAUGAUGGUGAAAUAAUGUACUAGUAAUGAUGAUUAUAAUGAUAAUGAAGGUGGUGUGAUGAUGAUAACGAUGAUGAUGAUGAUCACGUUUUAGAAUUUAAGUAUUUCAAGUAAUUUAUAUUAAUCAGUUAAUAUUGUUCCACUGUUUAUUUAUUCAUUCAUUGAAUUGAAUUUCAAUAUUGUCGCAUGAUCACUGAUGAUGAUUAUGGUGGUGAUGAUGAUGAUGAGAAUGAUUGUAAGAAUGAUGAUGAUGAUGACGACGGCGGUGAUGAUGAAAUGAAUUGUUGUUGGAGUGUGCCGUGCGUGUGUUUUUCAUUCUUUUGUGAUUUUGCGUGUGUGUGUGUGCGCAGGUAUGUGUGAGUGUAUGUAUGUAUAUAUGUGUGUGUAUAUAUGCAUAUGUAUAUGUGUGUAUUUAUAAUAACAGUUUUGUAAGGAAAUUAACGUCAGUUCACUUAUAUUUUUGCAUUCUUCUAUUAUAACUGGUUUAAGAAACAUAUCUUAACUAUGUAUGUCUGCCGUACACAAUAAACAUACGCAUACACACACACAUACAUAUGUCUCCGUAGUUUAAUAAAUUAUAGGUUUGGUGUUUGGUCAUUUCAAUACUAUUUCAAUGCAAUAAAUGUAUAUUGUGUUGAUUUAAAUUAAUUUAAUACCUAAUAUUAAUUAAUUUUAUAUAAAUAAAUAAUUUACAAUAUAUAUAUUUAUAUAACAUUGGAUAAGUGUGGGUAUUUUGUCACAUUUCAACUAAUUAAUUUUUCUCAAUUUUUUCUCACUAAAGUUAAAUAAAGUUAAACCACUACUAAUAUAUAGUUUAUAGUUAGAUUUCUUUUAAAAAUAAGGCAUUUUUUAUUUGUAUUAUACAAAUACAUUCGUACAAACAAACAAACGUACAUAUACAUACUCGUAUGCAUACAAAAAUGAAAAUACGCCAGAGAACGUACGUAUACAGAAAUAUACAAACUAAGUACUUUUCUAUUUAUUACAAAAUUUGUUUCUUUCAAUUGUAAUAUUUCAAAUACUUGUAUCCAAUACCUUAAAAUAAAUGACAAAUGAUGGUAUCUUACAAAAUAUACACUCUCAAGCUGUAUGCUCUAUUCUCUAUAAUUAUAUUAUGUUACAUUUGUAUAGUAUAUCUAUACAUAUGUAUGUCUGGAUUGUUUGUGUAUGUACAUUAUAUAUAUAUAUAUAUAUAUAUAUAUAUAUGUGUGAGUGUGUGUGUGUUUGUAUGCAUGUUUGAUUAAAUUUGUCAUUUGUUCAUAAUUUAAUGCGUCUCACAUGGUUCGUACAUAUUUAUUUAUAUUUGCACUUUAUAUACACACACACA